GGCGCCAUGCGGACCAAUUACUGGAACCUGCUGCUGGCCUUCGCCACCUUCGUCCCGGUCAUGCUUUUCAGCUUCUCCUGGUUCUGCCUCUCCAGGAUGGCCGAGAUGAGUAAUCAAUUAACUAAUUGUAAAAACCAUAUUUUGGAGUUUAAGGGACAUAUACUACAUUUACAAAAUAGAAGCAAAAAUAAUCAUGAACAGCUCAUGAAAGCCUUGAGUGAGAUGCAGGAUGAAGUUUCGCAGAGAAAAAAUCAGUCAAGAAAUUUGGAUGAAAAGAAAAGAGAUGCACCAAGUGAGGGAGAAAUAGUGUCUAAUAUAUUUGAGGACUUUAAGUUCUUUCUCCCUCAUCUAAGGAAAGUCAAAAGAAUUUAUCCUAAAGUAAUCAUUGGCCAAGGGAAGACAGGUGUUUCUUUUGCACUAGGUGUUCCCACUGUCAGCAGAGGAAAUUACACUUACCUGAAGCAAACGCUAAACGCUAUUGUCACCAGGAUUAUGCCUUGGGAAGAGAAGGAUUCUGUGGUGAUUGUUUCCAUUGCAGAUAGUAAUGGAGAUUAUGUAAAAUCAGUUGUUGACAUGGUUACAAAAAGGUUCAAAAGACAAGUGAAGUCUGGAUCCUUAGAGGUUAUUUCAGUGCCUGACUUCUUUUAUCCAAGCAUGCUACAUGAAGAACCAAUGGAUUACUCACAGAGAAAGAAGCGUUGGCAUAUAAAACAAGUAUUGGAUUUUUGUGUUUUAAUGGCAUAUGCCCAACCAAAGGCCACAUAUUAUUUACAGCUGGAAGAUGACAUUAUCGCUAAAGAGAUGUACUUUACAAAAUUAACAAGAUUUGUAAAUAAUAUGACUUCGAAUGAUUGGCUCUAUAUUAACUUUUCAGUGCUGGGAUUUAUAGGAAAAUUGUUCAAAUCUGAAGACUUGGCUGGCUUUGUACAUUUUUUUUUAAUGUUCCACAAAGAAAGACCUAUUGACUUACUCUUAGAUGAAUUUUUUCACAUAAAGAUAUGUGAUGUAGGAGAAAAAUUAGAAAAAUGCAAGGAACGAAAGAGGGAAAUUCAGGUGGAAUAUAAACCUUCUCUUUUCCAACACGUGGGCAUACAUUCGUCAUUACCCGGACGAGAACAAUACUUAAAGGAUUAUUUUUAUUAGGAGUUUCAUAAUUGAAGAGCUUCUUCAAAAAUUAUUUCACUCAUUCCCUGGAAAAAUAAAAAAUAUGACUGUUUCUCAACUUUC